UGUAGUACUGCUGUCAAAAAUUCAAACUACGAUCAUUUUUAUUUAUUUUGAAGUGUAACAUUAAAAUGGCAGGGAAUGGUAGUUUUGGGUCAUCGAAGUGGACUAAGAAAAGAAGAAACAAGCGAUUAGCUACUGAGGAUGUUGACAACAUUUUGAAAGAGGCAGAAGCGAAAAAAAUUAGGCCCACCGAUAAUCUUGUGAAAAAUAUGCCCUCUCUGCUGUUGUUGGAAGUGAAUUAUUCUAAAGAUAUAGCUCAGGUACAAACUAAAUUCGUUUUUUUUUUAAUUUGGGUAAUGAGACAUUAUAAUAUAGUUAAGCUUAUUAACAUUUAUCUGUUAGGAAAAGGAUAACAGCCCUUGUGAUUCAGGCUCGCAAUCAAAUAUCAUUGAUUGUUGUGAUUCACCCAUUACCUUGAGCGAACAAACUAAUGCAAGUGGAGUUAAUAUUCCACACAUUUCAGAACACACGUAUCAGGAACCGGAAUUUACCAAUUUCGAAGAUUUUUUUAGUGAUAUCGAGGAAGAGGUAGGCAUACUAUUUAUUGAACAUGGUUUAUUGGAUUCAUAGGCAGCAUACAUUUUUGUGUUACAGGACGAAGUAUAUGAAGCCCACCCAUCAGUUUACUUGCCUCUACUCUGUGUUGCAAACUAUUUAAGGCAUCAUCUUACUAAAAUUGCCCUAGAAGAUCACCUUUUCAAUGUGAGGUUAGCGUCCCACUCCAAUGUGAAAGAGUUGAGCAGCCAACAUAACUUGUUAAGAAAAUAUUCCCAUUUGAGGAGUGAAGUUACGAAAAUUUUUGUUUGCCCCUCGAAAAAAUGUCCAUCCGUAUUGACUAUGAAGCAAGAUAAUCCUGAAGAGAUACAACUACGACAGCCUUGUGGUCACAAAUUUAUCAAAAGUGUGCAUCGACCAUGUUUCAUUUUGCGAAUGCCAAUCGAGAAGCAAUUGGUGUAUUUUAUCGAGCACCACGGCAUUAAACUUCAAGAAAUGGAUUCCAACUACCGAGGAGAUUUACAUUCUGGCGAAUGCUACAAAAAGUUGAGAGACAAAGGUUUCAUUGACGACCUGACCAUCACCGUGAUCUGGAAUACGGAUGGAGCUCAGCCUUAUAAGAUGAGCAAAAAUGGAAUUUGGCCUUUCAUGGCCACGAUAAAUGAAGCACCAUACAAACUUCGAAGAAAUUACGUAAUUUUGCUGGCAUUGUGGUUUGGCAACAAAAAACCACCUUUGCAUGCAUUUUUGGACUGGAUAGUAAAAGAGUGGGCUAGACUGGAAAAUGACGGGAUAAAUGUAAAAGGAAUCCAUUACAAAAUCCGUGUUUUGGUUAUUACUACUGACACGAUGGCCCGUCCACUUAUACGCAACACUACGCAGUUCAACGGACAGUUCGGAUGUGAUUUCUGUUUACAUCCAGGUGAACAAAUUAAAAAGGGAAGAGGUUCAACUCGUAUUUAUUUAGAAAAGCCAGAACCUUUUGAAUUGAGAAGUAUGGAACAACAUAAAGAAGACUUGAAUAUUGCCAAGGCGACCCGAAAACCUUCCCACGGUGUCUGUGGCCCAACACCUUUAGCCGACUUACCCGGGUUCGAUUUUAUCAAGGCUUUUGUCCCGGAAUAUAUGCACUCCUGUUGCCAAGGAGUUUUCAAACUAAUGAUUAAGUUAUGGACUUUUCAAAAAUAUUCCAAGGAACCUUGGUCUGUCAGGGAAAAGUUGGAAGUGCUAAACUCCCGGCUGUUGAACACAAAACCACCUUAUGAAAUCACCCGGGUUAUGAUAGCAUUAGAUGAUUUGAGCAAUUGGAAAGCUUCUAUGUUUAGAGCCUUUGUUCUUUUUUAUGUUGAUGUCUUAGAAGAUGUACUCCCCAAAGAAUUUUUUGAUCAUUUCGUAAAUCUUAGCUACGGGAUGUUUGUUCUUUUGCAAGAAAAGGUAUCCGUAUCAGACGUAGAGAAAAUUAAAGUUCUUUUUAGGCAUUUUGUGAUUGAUUUUGAAAAACUUUAUGGCGCCACUCAUGUAGGAAUCAACGUUCAUUUCCUCAUUCAUCUUUCGCAAAGCGUGCUUGAUUGGGGAUGCUUGUGGACUACAUCGACGUUUAUUCCUGAGUGGUUUAAUGGGGUGUUGAUGUCUUUGUCGAAUGGGACUCAAGCGAUUGCGGAUCAGAUGGCAACAAAUUAUUUGUUGAAACUUACUGUUCGUGACGAGGCCGUGACGCUGUUACACAAAUAUAUCUUGCCUCCCCAUGUAACAAGACAACUCUGCGAAUUACUCCGCUUGCCAAAGGAGACGCCACGAGGAUUUUCAAAAGGAACAUUUUCAAAUAACGAUAAAGUUGAACUUCUUGGCCAUUCAUCCGUACGGAAUGUUACUCAAAAUGAAAAAAACGCUCUUUGCAGUUUGCUUGCAUCGAAUUCCGAUUUCCGCUCCCCUUCAUUCCAAAAUGCAAAAUUUUUUUCUCGAAUCAAACUGAUUUCAUCGGGGUCAAUUUUCACUACAACCAGCUACAAAAGAUCGCCCAAACGGAUAAAUUAUUGUGCUCUGACAAAUGAUGGGGAAUUCUUGUUCAUUGAAAAUUUUGUCUGUCUGCCCCAUGAGUCGAAAGGGGAUCAUAUAUUUAUUCUGGGAAAUAUGUUGGGGGUUCAAAGUAAAGUUCAUUUCCUUCCGAAACCGAUUGAUGGUAUUACAUUUUCUAUAAUUCCCGGUAUGAUGACAAAAUUAGUGGGGAAAGGAGAGCUGGUAGCUUUCAACGCGCUUGAUAUCAAAUCAAAAUGUGUCGUUGCCAGCGAGCACAAUUUGACAGAGUCGUAUGUUGUAACUGCUCUCCCUAAUAACUUAGAAACUGAUUGA